AUGGAGCCCGAAGAAGCCACUGGAAGAGAAAAUGUGGGCACCAAGAAGAAGAACCUGACCUUCUUGAAGCCCCGGCUCUAUAUGUUGGAGAGAAGGAAGACAGACACUGUGGUUGAGAGCAGUGCUUCUGGGGACCAGUCUGGCACCCUGAGGAGGAGCCAGUCUGACAGGACCGAAUACAACCAGAAACUACAAGAAAAGAUGACUCCACAGGCCGGGUGUCCUGCGGCUGAGACCCCAACACAGGAGGAGGAGCACCAGGCGCGCAGAAUGAUGGCGAAGCGGUCGAAAAUCAUCAAGGAGCUGAUACAGACGGAGAAGGACUAUCUCAAAGAUCUAGAGCUGUGCAUUAAGGAAGUGGUCCAGCCCUUGAGGGAUAAACAGAUUGAUGGGUUGGACGUGGAUAGCUUAUUUAGCAACAUUGAAUCCGUGCACCAGAUAUCCGCCAAGCUGCUGUCGUUGUUGGAAGAGGCCACAGCAGACGUGGAACCGGCCAUGCAAGUCAUUGGAGAAGUAUUCUUGCAGAUUAAAGGGCCGCUGGAAGAUAUUUAUAAAACCUACUGCUAUCACCACGACAAAGCGCACAGUGUACUGGAGUCCUAUGAAAAGGAGGAGGAGCUGAAGCAGCAUUUGAGCCUCUGCAUCCAGUCCUUAAAGAAAAUAUACAUUCAAGAAGGCAAACCAAACUUAACCAACAUGGGCUCCUUGAUGAUCAAACCCAUUCAGCGUGUGACGAAAUACCCCCUGUUACUGUGCGAACUUCGCAACUCCACCCCUCCCUCCCACCCAGACUUCAGAGCACUGGAGGAUGCCUUCGCUGCAGUCAAAGACAUUAACGUAAACAUCAAUGAACUUAAACGACGGAAAGAUUUAGUUCUAAAAUAUAAGAAGAAUGACGAGGAUGAAACAUUUAAAGAUAAAUUGUCUAAACUAAAUAUUCAUUCAAUUAGCAAGAAAUCAAAGAGAAUGACAAAUUAUCUAAAGAUUCUGACCAGAGGAGAAUCACAGGUGAAAGACAACACCUUUAACAGAGAAGAAAAGCUCUUUAGAUCUUUAGAAAAGACCGUGAGGCACUGUGUGAAGAACAUGUCGUUCUGUCUUCAACAUGUACAGGAGGCCGUGGGCUCACCUCUGCAGAGCGUGAAGGAGCUCCGGGAGAUUUCCCGCCCCAAGGACGAGGAGGAGAGGGGCCACUCGGAGGCCCCGAGUCAUGCCUCGAAUCCCUGCGAUGACUUUGCAGCUCAUUUACAGAAGCUCGUCCUGACGCCUCUGGCAGCCCUGCUGUCCCUGUUCCCAGGGCCUCACAAGCUCAUCCAGAAACGCUAUGACAAACUGCUGGACUACAACAGCUACCUGCAGGGGGCAGCAGGAGAUGAGUCCGACUUGGCCAAGAAGGAGUAUGAGGCCCUCAACGCCCAGCUCGUGGAAGAGCUUCAGGUGUUCAACCAGUCCGCGCGGAAGAUCCUGUGGAACUGUCUGUGCAGUUUCAUCGCCCUCCUUAGGGACCUGGCGCUGGUGGUACAGCGCCUUUAUUCCACCGUGGUGCCGGUACCGCUGUUGGUUUCAAACAUCUCUGAAAUGCAGAAUAGAGUACUAGAAGAAGUUCAAAGUCUAAAUUUUGUAAAGGAUAACAGUGCCACAUUUAUUGAGAGGAAACUUAGUUUUGAAAAGAAGAAGCCUGGGCAAAUUCCGCCCGAAGUGCCACAUCAAACUGACACUCACCGCUCCAAACUUCUAUCUACAUACAGUACAGAAGAACUCUACCAGGCUAAGCGCAGGUGCAAUGCUACACAAGAGUACGACAUCAAUCUUUCGGAAGGGGAGUUGGUGGCUGUGAUGGAGCAGAAAGAUCCAUCAGGGAGUUCCAGCAGGUGGCUCGUUGACACAGGAAUUAUAAAAGGAUACGUGUACUCUUCCUUCCUAAAACCCUACAAUCCAGCAAAAGUGCAGAAGGAGGGUGACGAGAGCAAGUCCUUCGAUGAUGACUUUGAUAACAUCAGCCUUUUUGUGUCUGCGCGGCCAGCUCGGGACAGUGUCACGAGCACCCCAGAAGGUAGCAUAAGUGACAGCAGCUCCUCUCUCAGUGGCACAGGCGGAAAGUUUGAGACAAACGGCACUGACGUUGACAGUUUUCAAGAGAUAGAUGAACAGAUUUUCUAUGCAGUUCACGCCUUUCAAGCACGAAGUAACCAUGAACUCAGCCUUCAGGAAUACCAAAGAGUCCAUAUACUCAGAUUCUGUGACCUAAGUGGCAAUAAAGAAUGGUGGUUAGCUGAAGCUCAAGGGCAAAAAGGAUAUGUGCCAGCUAAUUACCUUGGGAAAAUGACUUAUGCUUAAGGAAAUAAGCCUUUUGACCCAUUUUCAGUGACCUAGUCAGUGUUGACUGACUACCUCAUAAGACUGACAUUACAAUGUUGGCCUAGAAGUCAAGAAACCUCCGAACUACAUGAACUGGUACUGCGUCAGGUUCUAAAGAAGGCUGUGCUUCCUACCAAGAUUAUUCAAAAUGUAUUAUGAAUAUAUGUUGAAGGAAACACUAAACAAACUGAGACAGCCCAGGCUCCAACUAUGAACUGCUUAAAAGUGGGAAUAUUUUGAAAGAGUGUGUUCUUCACCAUCAUGAAAAGUUGGCCUUAAAGACAAGGUGUUUUCAAUGUAUUGUUUUUUAUUUUUCUGUAUUAUGCAUUUUGCCUAAAAAAUGUUUUGUUUUUUAUGUCUCUCUGUUGCACAGGCAUGCAUGUGUACACAUAUCACCAUUUUCAUUACAUGGUUUACACACAUUUAUGUGUACUAUAUGGUAUAGAUUAUCUACCAUAUAUGCAUGAACCAGGGAGUAUACUAAAUACACACAACAAUAGGAAUCGAUAAUUAAUAGCCAACUAGAAGUCUGAUGUCAAGCCUCUCUUUCUGUAUGUUUUGAAUGAAACAAAACUGAAUAACAAAAUAAUGAAAACAAGUUAACAUUUACCAAAUGCAUAUCAAAUGACAGACAUUGUUUGAUGUGCUUUAUAUGUGGUAACGGAUUGGAUACAACAUCAUGAGGAAACCGUGGCCCUAAGAGGCGAAGUUAGCCCAAGUCACACUUUCAGUAAGUGGCAGGGCUGGGCUUCAAACUCAGGUCUGAUCCUGGGGUCCACACUCCUACACACUGCAUGGUGCUCACCCACUAGGAGUGUACACAUUUGCUAUCCCAGAGCACUCAGUGAGGCAAAUAGUGGGCAGUGAUGAGGCCCAUUCCUCUCUCAGGUCCAUAUUUAAGUACUGAGAAGUUUUUUUGCAAUCAAGGGCUAUAAAAACUUCCAUGAUACUGGCCCAGAGGAAAUGAAAUAUCUGGGUUUAUUUAUUUUAUUGUUUUGCUUAAACAUUUUUGAAAGUGUACUUGUUUAAAACUAUCCUACAUGAUUGCUAAUGAUAUUUUAAUGAGAAAAUAUUUUUGGAUCACUCUGUUAUUUGGAUAAUAAAUGGGGAAUGUGUGUUCCAUGCUCUGGGCCAAGCUGCAAAUAUUUUUAGUUGACAAUUUGUACUUUGACAAGGCAGGCACUGAGGUGACCAUUUGCUAGAACACAAUGUCCUGGAACACAGAACUUUAAUUUGGGAAUUGCUCAGAACUGUCCCUUAAAGUUUCAGGCAUAUUUUGUUGAGAUAUUUUAUUGAACUAAAGAUGCUUCUACCAAGUGGAAAAAUAACGUUAAAUUAAAUUUGACUUAGUCGUUUUCUUUUAGAACCAAAAUAAGGCAGACUUUCAUUGUCCAUAUAAA